GGUACUGUAUUUUUAUUUAUUUAUUUUUUAAUUUGAUGGCUACUUCAGGCCUGAUUAGCUCAAAUCUCUCCCUCCACCCACUCCUACACUCCCACCUACCAACACUUACAAACACACAUGUCCAGUACACCCUCCCCUCCGCACUAAAUCACUACACUUGAAGAGUUCAAAACAUCAGACCUCGUUCUAUACUGCUGUAGAAGAGCGUUCCCUGCCCGACUUGACAGCUUAUGACCUGUUCCUCCUCCUCCUGUUGAGACAGAAAGAGAGGUUACUAAGCGAGGAGAUAAUGAGAGUUCACACACAUACCAGAUUCUGCUUUCUUUGCGUCCUGACCCUGCUGUACCAUCAGUGCAGUCACUGCCAUGAAGGAGGGUCCCACCAUCACCAUGAGCACAACCACGGUGACCACGACCAUGUCCACAGUGACCUGCAGAUUUCAGAAUCGUCCUGCGAGGGUUUAUCGGACCAGCUUGUGCACAGCAGCCACGGCGAACCUGCAGAGAACGAGCAGCGUUACUACAUCCAUCAGUUGUUCUGUCGGUACGGCCAGAAGGAUCGUCUGGAUUUUAAAGGAUUCCAGAGUCUGCUAUUGAGUUUAGGGCUGGGCGAGGUGCGCGUGGUUGGGCUGGAGCAUGAAGAUCUGGGCCACGAUCAUGUGGCACACUUAGAUAUUCUCGAGGUUCAGGAAGGACGGCACUCACAUUCAGCCGGGCAUCCGCACCUUCACGAGAAGCCCCACGUCCCACACAAGACACAUCAAGAUUCCCACCAUGAGAAUGAACAGCACGGCCCUACCGAGGAGCUACCGUGCAGCAAAACACUUGGCACUGGAGCCGAAAGCACCACUCACAGUGGAUCUGAGGGACACGAUCAUGACCAUGACCACCACAACCACAGUCACAAUCAUGAUCAUGACCACCACAAUCACAGUCAGAGUCACGAUCAUGAUCAUGAUCACCGUGAUCAUGACCAUGGACAUGAGAAAGACAGUGACCAUAAACACAUCCACAGGCAUGUUACAGACAGUCCUCACACUCAAGAUGACCAUGACAGUCUUGACCAAAAGAGUAGUGAACAUGCACAUGAAAAUAAUGAUCUCAGUGACCAAAACCACCAUCAUCAUGACCACCAUCAUCACAAGCAUCCCCACCCUCAUCUCCAUCGUCCAGACAGCGUAGAGCACAACACAGCAACCCCUCAUCUCACGCCCAAAAUACAGCCUUCUGCUCCAACUGAGCUUCCCACCGCACAACCCAGAAGAAAUAGCAGACCACCUAAAGCCAAAGCUCAUCGAGGCCGCAACAACAAAACCAGCAUCACUGCUACUCAGGCUGGUGAGCUGGCGACAAGCGGAGAUGACCAUGAGCGUAACAGCCAGGAUCACAGCCCUGUUCAGCCGCAGAGGGGCAGGAGAGAGGUGCCAGUAGAAGAUCUGUCUGUGAAAUCACAUGCACAUGGUGUUCUUCACCAACAUGAGGAGUGUCUGAAUUUAACACAGCUGCUACACCAGUAUGGACUGAGCUCGGAUUCUCUCAUAUCUCCGGAGCAGUUCACCUAUUUAUGUCCAGCUCUGCUCUAUCAGAUAGACAGACGCUUCUGCAUCCUUCACUAUCACCACGUUGAGGCUGAAGCACAAGAUGCGACAUCUUCAGUGUGGGUCUGGAUGUGGGGCUUUGUGUCGAUCACCAUCAUCAGCCUGCUGUCUCUGCUGGGUGUUGUUCUGGUGCCCAUCCUCAACCAGGCCUGCUUCAAAUUUCUCUUGACCUUCCUGGUGGCGCUGGCAGUGGGAACCCUCAGCGGUGACGCCUUACUGCAUCUGCUCCCUCAUUCUCAAAGUGGCCAUGAUCACAGCCACGGAGAACAUGCAGAGGAAGAACCUGAAGAGCUCUUUCUGACAAAGUUUGAUGGAGUUUGGAAAGGACUGACUGCACUAGCAGGAAUCUACCUCCUCUUUAUCAUUGAGCAUUGCAUCGGCAUGUUCAAACACUACAGUGACCAAAGGGGAAGCCUCUGCCAGAGGAAGAAGAAAGGAGAGCAGGCGAAGAUUGGGAGGAAAUUGUCAGACCACAAACUCAACAGGCGUUCAGAUGCCGAGUGGCUCCAUCUGAAGCCUUUAACAGAGGGAGAAAGUACAACGUGUGAAGCAGGACAUAAUGACACUCAGAUGACAGAGUUGCAGCCUCUGGAUUCACCCAGCAAAAUGCCACUGGCCAUCUCUGAUUCAGAUCACCCCUACAAGGCGGCAGUAAAAACAGAAGAGGACAGUGGGCCGAAGGCCAAAUCAAAAAAGCACGGACAUGGAAAUGGACACGGCCAUGGUCAUGGUCACUCCCACCAUGGGCACUGUCACUCUGACCAGGAAAUGAAGGAUGCGGGGAUCGCUAGCAUAGCAUGGAUGGUCAUCAUGGGAGAUGGCAUGCAUAACUUUAGUGAUGGACUUGCUAUAGGUGCUGCAUUCAGUGCUAAUAUUACAGGUGGCAUUAGUACUUCAGUGGCUGUGUUCUGUCACGAACUGCCUCAUGAACUAGGUGACUUUGCUGUUUUAUUGAAAGCUGGGAUGUCAGUAAAGCAAGCCAUUGUGUACAAUGUCCUUUCUGCUCUGAUGGCUUAUGCUGGCAUGGUGAUCGGCACGGCUGUGGGACAGUACACGCACAACGUCACCAGCUGGAUUUUUGCCGUUACUGCUGGCAUGUUUCUCUAUGUGGCAUUAGUGGAUAUGUUGCCAGAGAUGCUUCAUGGUGACAGUGAGGAGCACAAGCGCUGUGAGAUGGGCCACUUUGUCCUGCAGAACUUGGGCAUGCUCACAGGUUUUGGCAUCAUGUUGCUGAUCGCCAUCUUCGAGGAUCACAUAGUGCUUGACUUUGGCUUCUAGCCGGAGCCUGAGGUCAGGGGUGGUGUCAUUCAUCAGCUACAUUCACACACGUGCUUUGCCUUAAAGUGGCUUUGUUUUGUGAUGGUACAGUCUUGCAGGCAUGUCUCAAAAGACAAGCAUCAGUAGCUUACAGUGGACAUGGACAUGCAAACAAAUGUGUUUACAUCUCAUCAUCUCUCGUCUCUUCUUCUCUAGGCUUACUGUCUUCAAUGUUUCUAGUAGAUGUAGCUUCUAGACCAUUAUCUCCUGUCUUUAUUCAUUUAUUUUUCUUUUUUUUUUUUAAAUUGAGUAUAUGUCCAAUCAGACAUAUCCACAGCACAUGAGAAGCACUCCCCAGUAUUUGCGUUAGCCCUUUAAUAGUGUAGUCCUAAUACUGUGUCCUAGAGAGAAACAGCUAUUCAUCAGUCAUUUAUUCAGUGUCAUGUGUAGCUCUUUCAAUCAUCUGUAUUGUAUCAUAGUCCAUUCAUUCGUAACUGGUGUCUUGUGCUGUGUAUGUCUAGUGUGUCACACCAUCUCAGUGUCAGGCACAGAACUGUGCUAAUAUGGUGCAACAGAGUCCAACUGACAUCAACUCAGCAGGUUUUUUUUUUUUUUUUUUGAAAAGUGCUGAUCAGUAUUGUAUAGAAGCCCAUUUCUGCCAUUGAACAAAAUGUUAUUGCGACUUUUUCUCACAAUUGUGUGAUACAAAGUCACAAUUAUGACCUUUUUUCUUACAGUUUUAAGAUAUAAACUCGCAAAGAUAUAAAGUUAGAUUUGUGAGAUAUAAACUUACAUUUCUGACUUUCCUCAGAAUAACUUAAUUGCAAGAAUUGCAAAUUCAAUUGCAAAAACUCACAAUUCUGACUUUAUAUCUCAUAAAUGCAAGUUUGUAUCUCACAAUUCUGACUUUUCUCACAAUUCUUACUUUUUUUUUUUUGCAAUUCUGAUUUUUUUUUUUUUUUUUUUCUCAGAAUUGUGAUAUAAACUGUUAUGAAGACAGAAUUGCAAGAUAUAACCUCACAAUGAUGACAAAAAGUCACAACUGCAAUAUACAAAACUAGCAAUUCAAAAAAAUAUAUACUGAAUUAAGAGUUUAUUUCUUGCAAUUCUGACCUUAUUUCUGAAAAUUGCAACUUUACUUCAUAAAAUUGCAAAUUUGUCUUACAAUUUAGACUUUUUUUUCUCAGAAUAACGUGAUAUAAACUUGCAAUUGUGAGUUUUAAAGUCAGAAUUGUGAGAUAGUCAAUUCUGGGUUGUUUUUCUCAGAAUUUUUUUUUAUAUAAACUCUCACAAAUGCGAGUUUAUAUCUCGCAAUUCUUACUUUUUCUCAGAGUUGUGAGAUAUAAACUUGCAGUUGCGUGCUAUAGUCAGAACUGCAAGAUAUAAACUCAAUUACGAAAAGUCACAAUUGCGAUGUACAAAACUCGCAGUUCUGAGAAAAAAGUCAGUAUUGUAAGUUUAUUUUUUGUAAUUCUGACCUUAUUUCUCACAAUUGCUUGUUUAUAUCUCACAAUUAUGAUUUUUGUGAGAUAAACUCACAGUUGCAUGUUAUAAAGUCAGAAUUGCAAGAUAUAAACUUGCAAUUAUGAGAAAAGGCACAAUUGUGAGAUACAAAACUUGCAGUUAUUCUCACAAUUCUGACUUUAUAACUCGCAAUUGAGAGUUUAUAUCAUGUAAUUCUAAGAAAAAAAGCCUGAAUUGUGAGAUAAAAGUCGCAAAUACUUUUUACAAUUUUUUUUUAUUUUUUAUUUUUAAUUCAGUGGUGGAAAUGGUCUUCCAUAGUAUUGUGUGCCAGGAUCAUGAAAAACAACUUACUUGAGCUCUUUAAUUUGCUUUGCUGUCAGCAUCGACUACUUGUUUGUUUCUUCCACUAUAUUUUCUGGUUAUAGUGAUGGGAGUGUCCUCAGUCUUACAAUUUCAUUUCUUUCCUUUUUUUUUUUCUUUCUUUUAUUAUUAUUAUUAUUUUUUCAUUUUCUGUUGUUAUUGGCUAAGGUUGUACUAGUGUUUUGGCCAACAUUGAGUAUUGAAGAAAAAGGUAUGCAACUGUGUUUUGAAUACCCUCUGACACGGUGCUGCCAAAUGACCGAUCACAGUCAUGAGGUCAGCUGAAUAGUGACUGAACAAGUCCAGUAUUAAAGCUAAUGCUAAAACACUGUGAUUUUAAAUGAAGAACAACUGUCUACGCAUAUCUGUACAUCAAGGAAUCCACCAAUUUGUUCAUUGAUAAAGUAACUAUAAUCUAGACUACUUUCUGAACAGAAAUACAAGUCGAUUUUCAUAUUCAAGUGGAGUUGUUGUAAAUAAUGAUCUUGUUACAGUUGAAAACGUUCAUGAAAUAAUUAUGUUCCCCGAAGGAGAUUUGCUACUGAAGACUUGUGUUUUUGUUGAACAAGUUGGCAUUUUGAAACACCUUUGUUACUUUCUUAUUUUAAUUAUAUGACAUGUUUGUUAUUACUGGAUAAUUUGUGGAAAAUGUAGACUGUUAUUUUGUGAGACAUCAGCACCUUUUAUACACUGACCAUCUAAAAACUUACUUUCCAUACAAAAAAUUUUGGGAGAACCAUUCCUUUUUUAACCUAAAAACUGAGUUAUGAAAAGUUAUUUUUGACAAUCUUGUUGACACCCUCCCAUUAUUGAAAUUAAUGCACACGUUUCAGUUAUUGGCCUUAUGUGCACUUGUGCGAAAGUCUGACUACAAUCAUAAUCUUUAGAGCGUCUGUUAAUCUGUCCCCCUGUUGAUGUAAUUCUUGUUAACGAGUGCACCAUUUUCAUUGUGCCAAACAUGGGCUAUGUUUCUAAACUUGCGCCUUUACACAUUCCACUGGCUGUGUUCGCUGCUUGAAUCCUCUACCGUCAUAAGUUGGUGGGGCAUGUUAUGUGAUUCAUGCUUAUCCUGUCACCAUGUGACAUCCAUUUAUUUGUUCUCGUGGGUGUGUAUCGUUAUUAAUCGCAUUCAUCAAAUGUACUUGAUUGGAUGGAAACAUGCAUGACAAGUGUCUAGUGUUUCAUUUCUGUUAUGAAAUGGAGAGAUGAGAACACUGUUGAUUUCCUCUUUUCCUGAAGUACUUAAUUUUCACAGCUUGAAUGUAAAGCCAAUGAGUUUGGGGGAGGUC